GUACACUGGUUUGGAAGCAACACAAUGCAUUCUACCAAACUACUUACUUCAUCCUAAUGUCUUGAGUCUAAAGUAUCCCCCUAAGGCGAAAGGGACAUUUUAGCAUACCGUCUAUUGUAGGUAUACCGCCCAGUAGUAAAAUGACGUAGAACGGGCGAAUGUGCCGCAUAACAGCAUCCCAACGAGACACACUGGCGCCAACUGGCAGACGCUGUACCAACAACAACAGCAUCAUCAUAUCCCCAUCAGCGUGCGUCUUCUUCUUUGGGCUUUGUGCAGCACGUGCAAUAUUUUUUUUUUCGGAGAUGUGAAAACGUAGGUACAACUCUGUCGCCCCUGUCGAAAUGACCGUCAAAGUGGAAAUUGUGCUCACCAGUGGAACCGACGGAUGCUUCCAGCCCGGACAGGAAGUGGUCGGCGAAGUGAUUGUGGUUCUGACCAAAACCAUCAAAGUUUCACGGUUGAAGCUUACACUGAGUGGGAUUGGUCGAACGGAGUGGAGUGAACCGAUUAGUGGCCGUGGACGAUUCCUGAAUUUGGAGCAGUUUCUGUUCCAAGUGAACGAUGAAGCAUCGAGUGUGAACUACACUGGAAAAGAACGUUACUUGCAUUCGGAGUUGAUCCUCUGCCAAGUCAAUGACUUCAUGCCAGCAGGAGGAUACACCUAUGGAUUCGCUUGUCCUCUCCCGGAGUCGAUUCCAUCGUCAUACAACAGCACCAAUGGUCACAUUCGUUACUCACUGACGGCCACCUUAGAACGCCCUUGGAAAUCAUCGAAAGUGCAUUCAAUUAGUCUAGGAAUCAUUCGGCAACUCGACCUCAACAGUGAGAUACUGCUGCCCAUCAAGGCCGAGCACACGAAAUCGCUUGGCUGUUGGCCGUGCCUUCCGUCAGGAUCGCUAGUGCUCUCGGUUCAAAUCCCAACCAACGGGUUCGUUCCCGGUCAAGUCAUCCCCGUCCAAAUACAGGUCAACAGUAAACGCCAUGUGACCAUCCGCAAAGUGACAACCGUGCUGAUCCAGCAGACCACUUUCAGCGCUCGUUGGCCAAAAGCUCGGCAACGGAUUGAAAGCGUCGUAGUCAGCAAAAAUGUAUCGCCCGGAAUCAAACUGCCGGACGGGGGAGUCCUGGCCGAGGACAACCUUCAAGUGCCUUGGGUGCAACCCACCAGUCGCUGCUCGAAAGUGAUUAAAAUCUGCUACGAACUGAAGGUGGCACUGGAGAUCGAUUCGUAUCUGAUGCUGGAUCGGCAUGCCGUGCUUGCGGUUCCGAUCCUGAUCGGAACCAUUCCCGAACGGGAUUCGGAACUGUCCGAUGGGGAAUCGGUGCAUGUGUGGAUGAGGGAUGAUUGAGAUGGAGUUUAUGCUAUUGGUCAAUAAAGUUUACUUGCUCAAGUUUGGC